AUGGCGACGGCGCAAGUCAGGGGUUCCCUACCCGGCGGGCAGCAGCCGGAGGCGCCGCGGGAGCUACCCCUCGAGCAGGGCCAUGGGUUCCGCCGCUUGUCGGCCAGGCUCUGCGCCUUGCGCCCGGAUGACAGCAGCUCCGGCCGCACCGAGAUUCACCUGCUCUUCGACCAGCUCAUCUCCGAGAACUACAGCGAGGGCAGCGGCGUGGCCCCGGAGGAUGUCAGUUCUCUUCUUGUUCAAGCUUGCCGACUGGUGCCUCUUAAUCAGAAUCAUCUUGUCAGCAAACUGUCUCAGCUUAUCCACCAUUUGCUUAACACAUUACAGGUGAUCGUUGAUGAGCAGAACUUGGAUUUCCUGUUGGCAUAUACUAUUUCUGCUAUUCAGCAGUGCAGUUCCUGGACACACAUGCAGAUUCUUCAAGCCCUGGCAGCUCUGGUUUACGGCAAUGGCUCAAAGUGUCAAAAGUACCUCCCAGACUUGCUAGGCAAGAGUGGACUCUUGAUGAAGUUGAGUGACUUGGCUCAGUCAGACCCUGAAGUUAGGAGAGCUGCAGUGCACUGUAUGGCAAACUUAUGUCUCAGUGUGCCAGGACAGCCAUACUUGGAGGAGCCCUACCAAAAUAUCUGCUUCCAAGCUUUCUUGACCAUUUUACAGUCUCCAAAAGCACCUGAUAUGGAUGAUAUCACGUUUUGCAUGUUGUUACAAAAUGCAUUGAAAGGUAUACAGUCUCUUCUAAAUGGUGGGAAGAUGAAACUGACACAGACGGAUGAACUUGGAGCUCUUCUAGCUGUGCUAAAGAAAUCCAUGUUCCAUGGGCUCCCUGGACUAAACAUAGAGAUGCCCACGGUGCUGUACCCAACUCCACUCCCUCAGUAUGAUGGACGCCCACCCAUCAAGCCGCAGCAGCCGGAAGCCAGUGCUUCUCAACCACCUGUGAGUAAAAAGAAAAAAUCAAAAGUAAAACCGAAGAAACUCCAGCAAGGAGAGGAGGAGGAGGAAGAAUCCAGUGGUGAAAGAGAAGUAGCCCCAGCCCCUGGCUCAGGUAGAGUGAACCUGCCUGGAGGGGACACUCGGUGCUCCCCCUCCCUGGAUGCUCAGACUUUGCCAGUAGCUGGAAGUGGAGCCGCAGGAAAGGACCGAGUCUCCUCACCCUUCAGUUCUGCCAGUUGGAAAAGGGUCAGCAGUAGUGAGUCAGACUAUUCUGAUACUGAAGGAGGCAUGCAGAGUAAAGUGAGGUCUUACCAAGCCAAGGUUCGCCAAGGAGCACUAGCUUGUUUUCUUUCUACUAUAAAAUCCAUAGAAAAAAAAGUUCUUUAUGGCUACUGGUCAGCCUUUGUUCCUGAUACACCUGAGCUCGGGACCCCACAGUCUGUGUCCUUGAUGACUCUUACGUUAAAAGAUCCUUCUCCAAAGACGCGUGCCUGUGCUCUGCAAGUUUUAUCUGCCAUCUUGGAAGGCUCAAAGCAGUUUCUUUCUGUUGCUGAAGAUACCAGUGACCACAGAAGGGCCUUUACGCCCUUUUCUGUGAUGAUCGCUUCCAGCAUUAAAGAGCUGCACAGAUGUCUUUUGUUAGCUUUGGUGGCUGAAUCAUCCUCACAGACCCUCACUCAGAUAAUUAAGUGCCUUGCAAAUUUAGUAUCAAAUUCACCUUAUAACCGUCUGAAACUCAGCCUGCUGACCAAAGUCUGGAACCAGAUAAAGCCUUAUAUCCGCCACAAAGAUGUUAAUGUUCGUGUGUCAAGUCUCACUCUCUUGGGAGCCAUAGUGUCCACUCACGCGCCUUUACCUGAAGUCCAGCUGCUUUUACAACAGCCCUGUUCUUCUGGACUCAGCAAUAGCAAUUCAGCAACUCCUCGCCUCAGUCCUCCUGACUGGUGGAAAAAAGCCCCUUCUGGACCCUUUCUGGAAGAAGCGUCGGUUAGCUCACCUAAGACGUCUUCAGAACCCUGCUGGCUCAUUCGACUUUGCAUUUCCAUUGUUGUUCUGCCCAAGGAGGAUUCCUGCUCAGGUAAUGAUGCUGGCUCCGCAGGAGGAAGCACCUAUGAACCGUUCCCCAUGCGCCUGGAGGCCUUACAGGUAUUGGCUCAUCUGGCAAGGGGCUACUUUUCAAUGACUCAAGUCUACUUGAUGGAGCUCGGAGAGGUGAUUUGCAAGUGCAUGGGGGAGGCAGAUCCAUCCGUCCAGCUUCAUGGAGCCAAGCUUUUGGAAGAACUGGGUACAGGCUUAAUACAGCAGUAUAAACCGGAUUCCACCAAAGCACCUGAUCAGAGAGUGCCAGUCAGCUUGGUGGUGAUGUUCUGGACUAUGAUGCUCAACGGCCCUCUACCCAGAGCCCUGCAGAACUCAGAGCACCCAACUCUGCAGGCGAGCGCCUGUGAUGCCCUGUCUUCCAUCUUGCCGGAAGCCUUCAGCAGUCUGCCGGGCGACAGGCAGAUCCUGUGCAUCACGAUGCUGCUGGGGCUGAACGACAGCGCGAACCGUUUAGUGAAAGCGGCGACCUCACGGGCCCUUGGGGUCUACGUGCUUUUCCCGUGUCUCCGACAGGAUGUCAUAUUUGUUGCAGACACAGCAAAUGCAAUAUUGAUGUCACUUCAAGACAAAUCUCUUAAUGUCCGGGCAAAAGCAGCCUGGUCCCUAGGCAACCUGACAGACACUCUGAUUGUCAACAUGGAAACACCAGACCCAAGUUUCCAGGACGAGUUCUCUGGCCUCCUGCUCUUGAAGAUGUUGAGAUCAGCUAUAGAGGCAUCCAAGGAUAAAGACAAGGUAAAAAGCAAUGCAGUCCGAGCCCUUGGAAAUUUGCUUCAUUUUCUACAACCAUCUCACAUAGAAAAACCCAGAUUUGCUGAAAUCAUCGAGGAGGCUAUCCAGGCCCUAAUUUCUACUGUUCUAAUUGAGGCUGCUAUGAAAGUCCGAUGGAAUGCUUGUUAUGCAAUGGGAAAUGUAUUUAAAAAUCCUGCUCUUCCCUUAGGACUGGCCCCAUGGACCUCCCAGGCCUACAGUGCCCUGACUUCGGUUGUGACGUCAUGCAAGAACUUCAAAGUGCGCAUCAGAUCUGCUGCUGCCCUUUCCAUCCCAAGUGAGCGAGAGCGCUAUGGGUCCACUGACCAGUACGCUCACAUCUGGAACGCACUGGUCACUGCCUUACAGAAGAGCGAAGACACCACAGACUUCUUGGAAUUCAAGUACUGUGCCAGCCUACGGACCCAAAUCUGCCAGGCGCUGAUUCACCUCUUGAGCUUGGCCAGUGCCUCAGACCUGUCCUGCAUCAAAGAAACCCUUGAACUGAAUGGGGACAUGGUCCAGUCCUAUAUCCUGCAGUUUUUAAAAUCAGAAACAGAGAGAGAUGACAGUGGAGCACCCCACAGCCAGCAGGAAAGAGACCAGACGGUCAGAACAGCCCUGGACCACAUAAGCAGCGUCCAGGCACCGGCUGGGGACACAGCCAAAAGGGCCGUCGUGGACUUCUUAGAAGAUAUUCUGACUAUUUAUUUUGACUCAUCUGGAUGACAAGUAGCACUCCUAGGAUUAACAAAUCGGUGAAUAUUCUACCAUACUUUCCAGGUGUCAGGUGAUAAUAGGAAGAGCUGAGCUGAGCGUAAGAUAUGUGGGAUUUAAGCUGAGGGGCAGAAACAGUUCAUCCACUAUUUAUUUAAAAUGAGUUAGCAGCUAUUUGCGUUUUUCUCAAAGGGCUCAGCCACUUUAGAGGGUGGGAGCCAAGGAAUUGGGUUGUCAUGUGGCCUGAGCACACUGGGGGGUUGUGAAGGGUGUUUAGUCUCAGAAGAGUUUGAAAAAAAAAAAGGCAGAAGCGUUUAAGAAUUAGAGUGUUGUGUACUGUGUCUCUGGGAAUUGCUUUUCUUUUAUAAUAAACUAAUGUAAAGCA